AUUUUUAAAUUAAUUGAAUCAUCGUCGGUUUCGACAAACCCUUCAGCGGACUUCAGGUGAGGGUGAUGAAGUCAUCGAUUUCAGUCGCUGCGCACUUCGCAGGCUUGCAGUGAGGGCACAGUCGCAAAACCCUCAUUCUUCUUCCUCCGCGAAAGAGAGAGGAUGACUUUUGCAAGAAUACAGAGACAAUCAGACUACAAUCUCUUCCCCUCGAGCUGUCCCAUCGUUAUCGACAAUGGCGCCUCCUCUUUCCGAAUUGGAUGGGCGGGAGAGAAUGACCCUCGUAUUACCUUCCGCAACAUCGUUCAAAGGCCCCGCCACAAAGCGACCGGUGAGACUGUCACUGUUGUAGGUGACCAUGACCCUGCAUUGAUGAAGUACUUUGAUUGCACACGGUCACCACCUCGCUCUGCUUUUGAUAGCAAUGUUGUUUAUCAGUUUGAAAUAAUGGAAUAUAUUCUUGAUUAUGGGCUUGAGCGAAUGGGUGCAGAUGGAUCACAGGCAGAACAGGUUGAUCAUCCUGUCCUGAUAACAGAAUGUGUGUGCAACCCAGUUCAGUCUCGCAGUAAAAUGGCAGAACUUCUCUUUGAAACUUAUGGAGUUCCAUCAGUAGCAUUUGGUGUUGAUGCGGCAUUCAGCUAUAAGUAUAAUCAACAACUUGGGAUUUGUGAUAAAGAUGGUCUUGCAAUCUGUCCUGGAUUUACUGCGACGCAUGUUAUCCCAUUUAUUGAUGGAGAGCCUGUUUAUAGAGCAAGCUGCCGAACCAACAUUGGUGGAUACAAUGUCUCCGAUUACUUGAAGCAACUUCUUUCACUUAAAUACCCUCAUCAUAUGUCUAGGAUUACAUGGGAAAAGGUCGAAGAUCUGAAGAUGGAGCAUUGUUACAUUGCACCAGAUUAUUCUUCGGAAGUUAGAUUAUUUCAGAAAGGAAUGAAAGAAGCUGAAGAUAAGACCAGGUAUUGGCAGUUACCUUGGAUUCCACCACCAUCUGAGGAACCACCAUCAGAGGAAGAGAUUGCAAGGAAGGCAGCCAUAAAGGAGAAACAAGGUCAACGAUUGCGAGAGAUGGCUGAGGCAAAGAGAUCUUCUAGGAUAAAUGAAUUAGAAAAUGAAUUGCAGGGUUUGGAAUUUCUAAUAGGGCAGCUUGAACAAGUGGAUGAGGAUGACAUUCCGUCUUUCUUAGUGCAGACUGGCUAUGUCUCUAAGCAGGAAAUAGAGUCUUCCCUUGCGAAAGUUGCACAAUCUUUGAGAAAAGCAAAGGGUGAACAAGUUGAAGCUGAGGAGAAGGCUGAACCUUCCACAACGGACAAGUUCCCUCUUAUCAACAUUCCAGACAACAUGCUGUCCCCAGAGCAGCUCAAGGAAAAGAGGAAGCAACUGUUUCUUAAAACCACAUCUGAGGGUCGGUUGCGAGCUAAACAAAAACGCUUUGAAGAGGAAUUAGAGCGAGAGAGGCAAAACCAACAAGAUGAGGAAAGACGCUUAGAGAAUCCAGAGCUUUAUUUAGAGCAGUUGCGUGCCAAACACAGAGAGCUUUCUGAGAAGUUAGAUCAGCGAAAACGACUGAAGACAAAUGGCAACCAUACGAAUGGAAACCAUAAUUUGUCUGGUGGAGUUGGCCGUGGUGAGAGAUUGAAUGCUGCCCAGAAGGAAAGGAUGCGCCUUUUGACAACUGCAGCAUUUGAUCGAGGGAAGGGUGAGGAUACUUUUGGUGCUAGGGAUGAAGAUUGGCAACUCUAUAAACUGAUGAGCAAGGAUAAUGAUGAUGAAGAUGAGGGACCGGACGAAGAUGAGGCGGAGCUGGCUCGCAUCUCUUCUAGGCUUCAGGACAUAGAUCCAACAUUUGUUCCCAAGACAGAGUUGGGGUCUCUUCAGCCUUCUGCUGAGGUGCCAAGGUUCCGUCCUCUCACAAAGGAAGAUUUCCAGAUUGUACUUGGGGUCGAGAGAUUCCGAUGUCCUGAAAUUCUAUUUCAUCCAAAUCUCCUUGGAGUAGACCAAGUAGGGUUGGAUGAGAUGGCUGGGCUGUCAUUGAGGAGGUUGCCAUCUCCAGGCGGAGGCAUAGAAGAGAGAAUGACAAAUUCAAUCUUUCUGACUGGUGGAAGUUGCCUGUUCCCUGGUAUAAGUGAGCGCUUGGAAGCUGGUGUCAGGAUGAUUCGGCCGUGCGGGUCGCCUAUAAGAGUGGUUCGGGCAUUGGAUCCAAUUUUUGAUGCAUGGCGUGGAGCUGCUGCUUAUGCUGCUUCCUUGCGAUUCCCAGAGCAAACAUUUAGUAAAAUGGAUUAUUACGAGAAGGGCGAAGAUUGGCUUCGCAAAUAUCAGCUGAAAUACACCCUAUAACCCCUUUUUUUUUAGGAUCUUGGACAUUGCAUUGUGAGAGAGAGAUAUUUUUUGUCUAUCCCCUGCAUCUUGUAUGUUACAUCUUCUGUAGUCAAGUAUUAAUGCAUAAUUAAUGAAGCUGUUUUCAUUAUUCUUUC